AUGGAACAAAGCAAAGAUAACAUUAAUGCGUCGAAACAAAACGUUCCAGUGAAAUUAUACGACGCUAAGACUCAGUCUCAAGUAAAUUAUAACGUAAGCGCUGGGAAUUAUACAGAAAACAAUCACAACCUCUUCCAAAUGAUCAAAUGUCACGAAGAUAGCCUUCUAAGGCUGCACCAUUUAACAGCUGGCCGACCUAUAAACGGGAAUUACGAAACAAACUAUCAAAAUGAUUUGACGUGGUAUUCAAAGGACUUACAACGUCAGUACAUAAAGCCCGUAGAUUAUAUCACAUACGAGGAUGUUAGGCGAAAGUAUGACGAAACCAAAGUUGCGAAAGAGAAGGAAAUACAAAAAGAGUCUGAGGAGGAGAGAGAGGGAAAAGCCGACGAGAGAAAGAAACCCAGAAGGAACCGCACCACGUUCACAAGCCAACAGCUGGCUGCGUUAGAGAAAGUUUUUGAGAAAACGCAUUAUCCAGACGCUUUCGUGAGGGAAGACUUAGCAGCUCGUGUGAAUCUUACCGAAGCUAGAGUUCAGGUUUGGUUCCAAAACAGACGGGCGAAGUUUCGUCGAAAUGAGCGGUCAGCUCUUUCGUCGCACCGGAAUUCGACCAGCCAAAGUUCGCCAGAGCCCGUACCUGUCCCUAUAGGGAUUUCGCACCAGACCGACCCCAGACAGGAUUAUACGCGAAAUUCAAAGGAACCGUGGCUGCAUCACUUCCAGACGAACAACUUGAACUUCAACCUCGGUAUCCCUAUUGCCAACUCAGGCCUCUACCAAAACGACUACUCUUUGAUGAUGCAGAAUGUCGGAAAUCGACAGUACAUACCGAACUCUAAUGCCUUAAUGUCUCAAAACGUGGCGAGCUAUGGUGGAACGGCGGAAAACGGUUAUGGUUCUUGUGCUUUGAUAGGCGGUUACAGUAAUCCACUGCAAGCUUCUCACCACUCUUCAUAUAAUUUAAAUUUAAGGCUCCGGCCCCAUGAUUUCACUAUUAAUAAUAUAACAUUA